UUCGAAAUUGCAUUCGAUUAACGAUUUACCGUCGUCGUAGUCGAUUCUCAGUGUUAGUUCGAUCAUACCGAAGAAAAAUUACCAAAAAUGAACACUCCCGCAGUAUACAGUUUGGUGAGUAAAAUUAAUUUUUAUGAUAAUAAAUUAAUUUUACUAAUGAUUGAUUUAUUAUACGUUGUCUGCAAACGAAUUUUUUUCACGAGAAAUCUUCUUCAGAUAAUUACUUUAGCACAUUUUCUAAAAAUAAAUGUCAUCUAGUUGGUACCAUAUAGGAAGGUUAUUUUUUCGGGUUUCGUUUGUAGUUUCUUUAAUAAAUGGGAAAAACCAGAAAAACCGUAAGAGAACCCGGAAAAUGUACCGAUAACUGGAUACCAGUUAAAAACAACCGAAAAGCUCCAAUAUUUUCCUCACCGAAAACUUGUAUUAGAAUUUUCUAGUUUUAAAAAUAGUCUGGUCUUUUAAGCUUUUUAGAGCUAUUUUAAACGUUCGAGAUUUUGUUGUGUUUAUUUACAGAUUUAAUGUGGAUAAAAUUGUUUUGGUAAAGAAAAAACGACCGAAACUUAACAAAUAGUAGUACAUCAUAAUUUGUACUCAGUAUUGAAAACAAAAAGUCGAGCGUAUGUAGCAAUUUUAUUUUUAUAAGCGUUAAAAUCUCAAAUUUUAAUGCAAAUUGUACAAAUCACAGCUUUUCAAAAUAUCUUUAACCGAACUUCGCUCAAAAUGGUUUUUUUAUUGGCCAUGAUUUAUCGUUACGUAUAGAUAUAAAUUAAAUUACUCUAUAUUAUAGAAAAAUAUCUAUUACUAUUCUAACUUAUUCCAAUGGCAUUAUCAAUAUUUUUUACUAUUUAUAACCGUAAAACUGCAGCAGUAGUAUAGUGCAGUGUGUAGCAAGUGGUGCAGCAAUUCUAUUUUGCUGUCGUCAUCGAUAUUUUUUAUUUAAAAAGAUAAUUUCUGUACGUUUGGUUGUGCAAAUAGUCUGCGUGACUGCGUAGCUAACGUACGGUCAUUCAUAAACUAUUAUAUUAGCAAAAAGUUCAAUUCACUCUUAUUAUUCCUUAACUUAAACUAAAUAUUUUAAAAUUGAUAUUGGCCGCUGCAUAUUUUUAUUUAAAACAAAAACGAUUACAAUUUUUUGAAAAUUACUAAUUAUUUAUUUAUUCAUUUUUUUUUUUUUUAUUACAACGUUUUUUAGGUACUGACUUUAAGGAAUUUUCUUUUUGCAGUGGAUGUCAGAGUUUAAGUAUUUCAAUUCGUGUAUUGAUUUCAAAUUAUUUUCAAACAAAUAAACAAUUAGUAGUAAUAAAACGGUUUUAGUCGCUUAGUAAUUCUACAUUAGUCUCGACCGUGGGUACAAUACGAGUAGACGGUCUUUCAAAUACGUUACUUCGUUAAUGAUACAAUUUAUCAACAUUAAAAAAAAAGGUCGACCUUAUAACUAAGCAAUGUCCAUUAAUAAAAAUGUGUAUUUUGCCCGGCACAUCAUCUUAAGAUAUUAGACGCGAAUUAAUAAAUUAAAACCUUUAAAGAUUACGUCAUGAUAAAAACCAUACCGUAUUAAAAAUAUAAAAUAUAUAAGAAAAAUAAAAAAAAAAAAAUAUAUAUAUAUGUAUUAUAUAUUCAUUUUUAUUAUAUUAUAUUUAUAUUUAUUUUAUUUUUUUAUUGCCGAUGACCAAAGACCCUUACACGAUAUUAUACUGCUGGUACUUAUAUAUAUAUAUAUAUAUAUACAUAUGCCAUUCCGUUCGAAGUAACUAUACUCAAAACGAAUUCUGUACAGACUUUAUUAUCUUCAAUCGAAUACAUUCGCACAAAAUUUGAAUAAAAUUGUUAUACAAUUAUGAUAAUGAUAUACAAAUUGAUUAUACGGAAAAUAUUACACGUCGUAUUACACAUUUAUUCCGAAAGAGUAUAUAAUUAUAUGUGUAUACAGAGUGAUUCACUAAGCGUGCUUAAUCCAUUAUUUUGGUUAAAUUUUGCAAAUAUUCAAAUUCCGAUUUCUGAACUUUUUAUGUGCAGUUUAAGCAGACAUUUUCGAAUACUUAGACUUUUCACAAUGUUUAGGUAGGGGAGAGAAGUGGUGCACUAAUAAGACGCCGCACGCCUCGCCGGCACACAAAUGAUACUCCGCUACUCUCCCCCUACCUAAACUUAAAAGUGAAUUAUCUCGUUGACGGGUUGACAGAAAUUACAAAUGUUGACAACAAAAUGUAUUCAAAGUAAUUAUCCGUCUAUUUAUGAAAUUUUUAGGAUACAUUGCUCGAAUUGUGGGAGUGCGCAAGGGAACGGAACUCCUCAACUAUUCUUUUAUUUUUUUGCGUACCCAAACUAUAUGUUUUUUUGUAGAACAGAAAAACGGCACAAACUAAUAUCUGAAAUCAUUUUUAUUAAAAUGUGGAUUUUAAUUUUUGUCAACUAAAUAACGAAUUUUACUAUUUUUAAUUUCAAAAUUAUUUAAAAAUGAUAAAAUAUUAUCAUCAGGGUAGAAUAUUCAUAUAAUUUUUAUUUUCUACUGCAACAUAUAGGAUGUAGGUAUUGCAAUCAAAAUAUAUUUGGAAUUUUAAUAUUUGUAGCUGAAAUGUGGUAUACGAAUUUCUGGUAAGGUGGGAAGAGAGAGGAGGGGUGUGAUCCAAAGUCCUCCCCAUUGUCUGUAUUAAGUGAUUGUGCAUUUGACACGCCGUUUUUAAAUCAUUAAAUUGAGUUCCUCUACAUAAUUUUUCCCAAUUCGAGCAUUGGGUAAAUACGGAAUAAAGAGACCCUCGUUUUCCAAUUAUUUUCAUUAUUAAUAAUAUUGUAUACAAUGUAUUACAAUAUAUCAUUUUGAUUUUCUCACAAUGGAAAUCUCUUUUCAGACAUUAAAAGUUCGUUAAAAGUUGUUUUCGUCCCGUGAACGUACCUGUACAAUAUAUACGUACAUUUAUAAAAUAAACGUACACAUACUUGUACGUAUCUAUAAUAUUAUUGUGUAUUUUAUUGAUCAUGAUGCGAUUCAACAGCGAGCCGCAGUAUACGUGUGCGUUUUCGAUCAUUAUAAUAUUUUAUUGUAUUAUAUGUACAACGAAGGAAAGUACUAUAGCGAAAAGUUCCAAUUAAAAUUGUGUAAGGAACUCGUAUACAGGUGUAUGACUCGCGAAAUGCUAUUGAAAUAUAGAGAUGAAUAUAUAUACUAAAUAUUCAUAACGUACGAGACGUCAUGUGUAACCCUUUUCUGGAGAAACUGUGCCUAUACACUAGGGUUAAGGCGAGUUAAUGAAUAACAGUGCAAGUGAAUUUACGAUUAGGAGAAGUGCCUUAUUUAUGAGAACAUCUAGGAGGACUAGAUCACUCCCCCUUCCCCUCUAGACACUGCCGAUAUAUAUUCAAGAAAAUGUCGUCUAAAAAAAAAACAACUACUAAUCGGUACCUUUGAAAUACAUGUGCUUUAAAAUCCGCCAUCGGUUGGGUUCCUCUUAAUUUUUUUUAACUCGUUUAAGCCCAGCCUUGGAUCUAAAGCUAAUUAAAAUAUAAAAUAUGUUCAUUGCUCGUAUAUUAUAAUAAUGUACGGUUUGCUAAACCGUAUAAACAUCGAAAAGGACACUUCAAACGAACGAACGUCGUGUCAGUUACACCACGGAUUAAAUUAAUAAUAUUUCAAAAUGUUUCAAUUCAAAUAAACUCGCAAUUUACAUCGCGUCGGAAGGUGAUAGAGGAAAGGGGAGGGUUGGUAAUGACGGCAGGAUGUGUUUUUUGUAGAUAAGAUAUUUCUCUGUAUCUAAAAAAAAAAACAUUUGUAGGCACGUGUACAGGAUUUCUAAUUGUUCAGGAAAAUAUUAAAACAAAAUGUUGAAACAAAAAUAACCGGCUGCGCAAUUGUUUGCGGUAAUAAUACUGCAGUUUGAUUACACAUACAAUCACAACGCUCAAAAUCGUUAUAUCCAAAGGUAUUCAAUGUAAAUGACGCUGAUGAAUAAAUUAUUGUCAUUUCUUAUUAAAAUAAUAUACAUUGCAGACUUGAAAAUUUCUUUACUGGUUAUAAAAUAACGUUCUAAUUUAUGAUAGGUAACGGUACCUAACUUGUAUUAGCAUACCUAAAGAGUUAUCCGGACGAUUUCCUGAAGUCAUAUAACCUUUGGGGAUUUUUGUAAAUAGACAUUUUUUUUUUUUACUUUACUAUUAUUUUUUUUGAAUAUUUACCGUCAAAACAAUGUCAUAUAGUAUAUAUUAUAAAAUUAUUCUAUACAAAAGUUAAUAAAUAUAACAAUGCCCUUCGGUAGUUGUAUUGAUAAAAAGUGUUUCUGGAGUUUCUUUUUUAAAAUCAACAAAACAAAAUGACGACAAACACUUUUUCCUUUUUUAUUGCCUUUUUCUGUAAGGUAACAUCGCUAGCUAAGUAACAUAAUUACUUAACUACGAAUGGAAAAAUACUACUGUUAGUUUACUAUAACCCAAGGGCUAGAAAUGUAACCCGAAGAACCGGUGUUAGAAUCGAAACCCGUAGUCAUAAUAUUUUUGUUGAUUUCUGGUUUAACUUCCUAUCUACAUCAGUGACCUACUCACGGUUCGAAAUAUUUCCGGAUUUUUUACAUUAAAAACAUUCAUUUUUCUCACGAAAAAGGUCAUCGAUAAAGUGCAUUCGAAAUCUCGAAUGUCGAGAAACGACUUUUGUGACGUUUGCGAUGAUUGGUGCAGGGACGAGCAAUUUGUAGUUUUUGCAAAUAUUAUUUUCGGACACUUGCAAAAUAUAACUAUCGCUAUAAUAUUAUCGUGAAAUUAAUCGAAUUUUUUUUCUUUUCUCGGGAUUUAUCACAGGUUUUAUUGGCUUUGUUGGCCAGCGUUCUGACGUAUCCGUACGCCGGCGGCAAUAAUAACAACCAAUGGUCCAAUCCCCGUGUCGGAAUGCAACAGCAGCAGCAAGGGUACAACGGCGGCAGAGGCCAAUCGAACGGGUACAACGGCGGAAACCAACGGGGAUUCGGCGGCAAUAACUUCGGGCAGUCCGGCGGAUAUCCGCAGAGCGGAGGAAGACAACCGGGCCAGGGUUCCGAAUCUUACCACACUCACGUUUUCAACGAACCCGAUCGGUACGGUUACGAUUACACCAUGCCCGGAGCCACUGUACACUACUUGAUGCACAAAAAACGUGAGUGCCUAUAAGAUUCGACGACACGUACGCGUUUAGACAUUAUUAUUUUUCGGGGAAAAAAAUAUAUACAUAUAAAAUAGGUAUUUUUGGCUCCCGUUUAAUCUGAUCAAUCGUAAUAUAUUCCGAUAUCGCGGAAAUCGGUAAUCCUAUUUGGACGACUCUGACCCGUUACGGGGGUUUUUUUUUCCCGGCUUUAGUUUUCAAAACGUUAAACGAACAUUAAUGUAAAUACGUUCCUGUAACGAUAAUAUUCCGGCUUGUAUAACUAUUCCGUUCCGGUAAGUCGCAACGCUGAUACGAAAAUGUUUAUUCGUUUACCGCAUUUUUAACCGACUGUUUUUUUGUUCAUUUUCGAAUCGCUUGAUUUUAUUUGCCGGAUCCUUUGGCCGAAAUGGCGUGAAAACGGAACCGUUUUUUAAAUUUUGCCGUGCCCGUCUGUGCGGCACAGGCUCUUAACUCCAUCAUAUUCCCUCCGAGUCUGAUGCAAUUCUAUAGAACGGUGCUUCAUGUAAACCGCCUUACAAUAAUUUUACAGUCAAAUAAUAUUUAAAAAAACCAUUUAGAUGUACUUGGCUGUACAUAAAACUGAAAGAUUAACAUAUUUGUAAUUUUCAUGUUCCCUGUUGUCUGUGAUGUGGAAUCAAUGAAAACGUCUUUAAAAAUGCAAUAAAGACUCUUGUGACGUCCUUUUUUUUUUUCAAAAUCUAUUGCAAUCUAUUUAUUUAAAAUACUAUCAGAAUUUAAGUAGCAGUUUGUUAAACACUUUGAACGAAAAUAAUUUAAAUGAAAAUAUGGUGUAACCGAUACUAUUAAUAUUAAACAACGUUACGUUAAAAAUGAAAAAUAUGUAUUUAUUUCUUAUUUUUUUCGUAAAGAGGCGUACAAUAUUUUAUUACGAUAUGAUAGUUACAGAAAAUCAUUAAGAUGAUACCUACAAAUUGUUUAACUUAUCAAACGAAUCGCAAUUAUAAACGGAGUUUCGAUGUAAAUUAUAAAAUGGACUGUUUCAACAGGUUAAAGAAAAACAAACUCUAAAGAAAAAAAUGUCGAUAUUUAUUUAAUCUAUGAAAAUUAAUUCUCACACCAAAUCAUGCAAGUGCAAGAUACAUAAAUUAUUAUUAUAAGUAUUAUGUAAUAGAAAUCACGAAACAUGCUCUAUUUAUAGAAAUAUACAUGGUUAUUAAAGAAUAAUCGAUAAUUAAUAAGAAAGUUAAUUUUCAAUGACAAUUUAACAAAAAUAAUAUAUAUCUUUGACUAUAUCGGACUAUUACUUAAAAGGGGUAGGGGAGCGGAAAAUUACGUGGCAGAGGCGCACGCCUAUGACUAUCGCUUUGCGGAUCUCUAAUAUCAUCACGAAUUCAACAAUAAUAGCGUGUACGAGUAAACGGUUUAAAUCGUUUUACUAUAUUAUUGGAUACGGGACGGACGCUUUUCGAUUUCAUCCGAUUUGAGCCCUUUUAAAUCGAUUAUAAAGAGAAAAGAAAACUAUGACCUAAGUGAAUCACCACAAUUUCAAUCCGAAAGUAGGUUAUCUGUUUGCUAUAUAGCCUUAUUUACCUCGUUUUUGUUCGACUAUAUUUCUGUCGAGGACCGAAUGAAAAUACUACGAGUGGUUUAUUUUUAUGGGUAGACACAUCUACGUGCGAAUUGUUUAUCCGUCAAAUCUAUUUUGCUAUUUUGCUAUUACACAGUGGUACCAUUAGCCGACAUGUUCGUCCUUAAGUUUAUACAUACAUAUACAUAUUAUACAUACAUAUAUAUAUAUAUGAUAUUUUGCGCUCGUUUCUCGCAAUCUUCAUAAUGCACUCGACAACAAAAACAUAAUAAUUAUACGCAAACGCGAUUUGCUAUACAGCAAUAUGAUUCUAUAUAGCAUUGAACAUUUUGUUGACUUUUUUUUUUCAAGAUUAUACAUCGAAAAUACAAUAAUAUUGUUCUAUUUACGUACCUAUUCAACCGUCUUGAUUGCCAGUGCACUCUGUCGUGCCACGUAUAACGAAAAACGGGUUUUCUUGGAUCUGUAUCCAAACUUUCGUUCGUAAUCCAUAACCCGACCAUAGAGCACUGGUCAAGUUAAAAAUAAAACAUUUACAAAUAUUUUAAUAUAAUCGAGAAUUUUCCGGUUAACGCCGUCGUUUUAAAAAUAACGGCCUUGGAUAAUGGAGAUGGGUACAGCCAGUAUUAUAGGUAAUUUAAUGUAUAUUUGUAAGCAAAGAUAAUCUAUUACUUUCGAAAAAACGAUUCUAAGCGGAGUUCAGUUGAUUGUGUUGAUGUGUUUUCAACAAUAUAUAAGUCAUAUUAUGGUAAAAUAAUUAAAUUGGCAUUAUAUAUUUUAUCUAUGUUCUCUCCCAGUUUUCCAAUGUUUUUCCGGGUUUUUUACAUUUGCUGGGAAAACUCUUGAAAAAUUCGAAAAAUAACUUCGCUAACAUUGUUCCUUCCUAUUCAAAUUUCCUUUCAAAAAAAUUGCUAUCAUUGUAAAUUGAAAUAGUCCGAGCGAGCAAUAGCUGAGUCUAUAGGUAUAUCUAAAAUGCAUUUGUUUUUUCCCUGUUUAGGUAAAAGUGAAAAAAUAAGUGUAAAAUAUUUUUUUCGAAACGCGCAUUUGAAAUCGGAAACCCUAAGAUGAAACUAGGAAUGUAUAACAAUUCGGCUACGACAAACAUAAUAUAGAGAUGACAAUAUUUAGUUAUUCGACAUAAUAUAUACAUAUAUAUAUAUAUAUAUAUAUAUAUAUAUAUAUAUAUAUAUAUUCUCAUAAUAUCAGAAAUAUAUAUAUAUAUAUUCUCAUAAUAUCAGAACUUCAAAAAGCUAUAAUUUCGAAACUAAGUCAGUCUGCUCGAUUAUGACUUUACCACCGUUCUUAAAUCGGCAACAUAUAAACGUUAAAAAAUAAAAAAUUGAAAAAUUAGUUUUUUUCCACGUAAUUUCUUACUCAGUUACCACAAAUAACAAAAUUUUAAAAUAAUAAAAGCAUUAUUUUUGUACAUUUUUCCCGGUUUUCUUACGUUUUAUCCUGGUUUUUUCCAGAUAAUAUGAAAACCGUUUGGGAAAUCAAAAAAUCCUGAAAAUUCUCCUAAAAAGUGCUAUCUGGAUUCCCUUUCCCUUUCAGAAAUUGUAACGCGCGUAAAAAUCGGAGCAAGAUUUAUAGUGGAAUUUUGUACACGGUAUAUAUAAAAAUAAAUAAAUAAAUAAGCAUUUUAGUAAAACCAAUAUAUUCUUCACUUACACUCAGAAUUUAAAAAUUGUAUUUUUAUCGAAAGAAUUAUGUUGAUUUAGAUAUUAAAAUACAAAUGAAAAAUGGAACUGCACGCAAUAGAUUUUCUAGGAGUAAAAUAUUAUAGCACCUUUUCAAACCUCUUAUUCGAUCGGUAUUGAAUUUCUUUUGUACACAUGUUGUUAUUUUCUUAUUGCUUUAGAUUUCGCGAGGAAUUUAAUGGUUUCACUGUGACGUGUACUUAUUUUUUAGAAUAUAAAGAGCAUAUCGUUAUUCCAUUAUACGUGUAAUUUUUAAAAUAAUUGGGGAAAAACGUUGGAAAAACUGAAAAGUUACGGUUUCAUUAUUUUUUAUUUUGUUGUUUUUUUUUACUUUUAUUUGGUUAAAAAUAUUCCUAGGGACCUGAAAUUUCCACAAAAUAUUUAAAUUAGGAUUUUAUAGAAUCGGUAAAUACUUUAAAGCGUACUGGCGAAUUUUUAGUUCACCGCUUUUAGCUCUUUUUCUUAUUCGACUCGACAUUUUCACCAUAGGUUAUACAUACGUUUGUGACAACGACGCGUUAAGAAUACAAACUUAGUCCAAACAUAAUUAAUGACCUAUUAAGUAAGCAUAAGAGUUGGUUGCUCCGUUUCAGUAAAUAUUUAAAUUAUUAACAUUUUUAAAAUUUUCAAUGAAAUUCGAAGUUAUUAUUUAUAAAAAAAAAAAAAAAAAACAAAAACAUGGACAGACCAAAUAUUAUAGUACUAAUAUAAAACAAUAAUUAAUAUUGUAAUUUUGUUUUUACGUUUCAGAAGGAAACAGAGGAUCCGGAAAUUCCGGCAGUUAUGGCGGAUACUGAUGAGGCGGUGGACCAAAUUAGUUUUAAUUACAUCAAAUAUAAUAAUAGUAUAAAGUUGCUAAAAAAAAAAAAAAAAAACAGUUUCACGUUGAACAUUUGUAAUAGCAUUCAACAUAAAAAUAUUUGUUGUAAAAUUUUUCCUUUUCAAAAAUGUAUUGGUCAAAAUAUUAUGUUAUUAUUAUAGGCCGGAGGUACAUUAUUAUCAGAGUUAGUUUACAAUAUUAUUAGUUAAUAAAAUACGAGUAUUUUUGAAUAUUUGAAAUAGAAAAAUGAAAAAAAAAUAAGUUU